AUGUUCUCGCAUUAUCCGUUGGGAUUAAGAAAAGCACAACCACGUUUGGACUAUGCAAACGUCAUGCGAUCAGCUGUCGAAAUUGGACCGUCAUGGAUUCGAGAUCACGGUUAUUUUUGCAAGUCGAUCGAUAUCUUGUUGACAAUAUUGAUUACAAAUGGUGAAUGUAAACAUGUUUCUAGCACAAUUCGGUUUCUGUUCACGAAUAAGGAUCUACUUUGUACGUCGUACAUUCAUAUCUCACAAGCCGGUUGGAUUGCUCUGUUGCUGAUUCCCACUAUGGCAUUGUGCACCGUUCGAGAACUAAGAGCGUUGGCACCGUUGGCCGCUGUAGCCAAUGUGGUAUAUCUGAUUGCGGUUUGCAUCGUGCUUCAACACCUCUUCCAGUUUGAUCGUAGAACCAUCUCAUUACCGGCCGUCGGCAAUUGGUCCACCCUGCCACUGUUUUUCGGAACCGUGAUGUUUGCAUUUGAAGGAGUGGCUGUGGUGCUCCCUAUUGAGAGUCAAAUGGAUGAACCGUUACAUUUCGUUACUAACAACGGCGUGCUCAACACUUCAUGUCUACUAGUUCUCAUUGUCUACAUGACUGUCGGGUUUUUCGGUUAUCUACGAUUCGGCAGUGACGUUAAGGACACGCUAACGUUGAAUCUUCCACAGACUAACUUCUACCAAACAAUCAAGCUGAUGUUCGUCGCUUGUAUUCUCGUCUCGUAUCCGUUACAAUUCUACGUUCCGAUGGAGCGCGUCGAGAAAUGGAUUAAACGAAAGGUAGCUGUUCAGCGUCAAGAAAAUCUCAUCUAUGGCAUACGUUUGCUAGGAGUUCUUUGCACUUGUGUCGUGGCCGAAUUGAUACCACAUUUGGCGUUGUUCAUAUCACUAGUCGGUUCGGUAGCUGGUACAUCGUUGACGUUGGUAUUUCCGCCAAUAAUUGAACUGCUUUGUUGUUAUUCCAAGAAUUCGUUGACCCCGUGGAUUUGGAUCCGCAACAUCUUCCUAAUGAUGUUUGCCGUUGUCGGCUUUGCAUCCGGCACCUAUACGAGCAUGCUACAAAUUGUCAGCACCUUCGCAAAGCCUAAUAUUUAG